AUGCAGGAGGGGAUCCUAGGUCAAUCUCGCUUCCAAGUUUAUUCCAGUCGUAACGACUCUACCGCCGUUGUUCCUCCAGGAGCCGUACAUCGUGAUCGAUAUUUCCAAUCCCCACGUACGAGCCGCCGCCCCGACAUCCAGACCCUCUCCGACCCGGCCGGCAUAAUGCUGCGCUGCUGCUUCGGCGCGUCGCCAACAAAAGCAGAUCGUACUGCCUCAGGGAACUGCAAUCUUUCUGCUGCUGCCGGUGGUGCUAUCCUAAUCGACGCCGAGGAUUGGUCAUACUCAUACACGCUCAACAUAGCCGGAUACUCAAGAACCAAGGAGCUGCUCGAGACCGGCAAGUGCGCAAGAUCUACGCCUUUCAUUGUUGGAGGCCAUGUUUGGGCCGUGCGUUAUUACCCAAACGGUUACAAGGAUGCUGCUGAUUUCGCGUCUAUUUUCCUAGUUCUUGUUGAUUCUACGGGUGCCAAGGAUGUGAAGGCGAAAUGCACCUUCAGUGUGCUCGACAAGGCCGGGGUGCCAGUGCCUUCUUUCACCCGUACCUACACCUCCGCAUGUACCUUCACAGGAAAAGGUUCCAGCUGGGGCUACCCCGAAUUUAUCAACAAGGCUGAUUUCGAGGGAUCGCCGCAUCUCAUAGACGAUUGUUUCACCAUCAGAUGCGAUGUCACCGUCUUGAAAGAGAUCCGUACCGAGGAAAUUACAAAGUGUAGUAAACAGUUUGUCGUGGUUCCUCGGAGCAACCUGUGCCAGCAACUCGCCGGCCUCCUAAACAGCAUGGAUGGUGCAGACGUCACCUUCCACGUUGGCGAGGAGAAGUUUUUAGCCCAUAGGUCCGUGCUCGCUGCUCGGUCCUCCGUCUUCAAGGCGGAGCUCUUGGGCUCCAUGAUGGAGAAUGCCGGCGAUCCGGUUGAGAUCAAGGAUAUGGAGAGCGACGUGUUCAAAUCAUUGCUGCAUUUCAUAUACACGGACGACUCACCGUCUGAGAUGGCAUGUGAAGACGCGGUGAUGGCUGGCCAUUUACUCGUCGCGGCUGACAGGUAUGAUGUCGAGAGGCUGAAACUGAUAUGCGAGGAGAAGUUGUGCAAACACAUUGACUCCAACACCGUGGCGACUAGCUUAGCUUUAGCUGAACAACAUAGUUGCCCUGGACUAAAGGAAGCUUGCUUUGAGUUCCUUGCCUCUCCUUCCAAUUUUGAGGCUAUGGUGGCAAGUGAUGGUUAUGAGCAUAUCAAGAGCAGUUGCCCGUCCAUUCUCAAGGAGUUGAUUGCUAGAUUCUUGCCCGCUGAGCUAAAAGCGGCAAAGGACAUCAUCAUGAAAUUCUAA